CUGUUCAUAUUUUUUUAAUUUUAAUUUUCGUCACUAGUGCUGUGGUCGCAAAAUUGGUACAACAGGAUGUCGAUAACGGCGAUAACAGUUAAUUAAAAUUUAAAUUUAUUUCGUGCAUUCGAACUUUGUACAUUAAAAACAAAAAUAAACACAAUGGGAAUUAUUUUGAAAAAAAAGAAGGAACAUUAUUUCAUUACGUACAAUUCAAUUCAAUUGUGUACAUACUCUCUUGUCACUGAAAAUUUUAUAUAAUUUGAUUCUGAUUCACACAAGUUCACGAGAUAACUAACGAAACGGUGGAGAGGCAAACAAAGGUUACUUACUGACAUGAUGUGCUACACAGCAGUCUGUUUCGGCCAAUAGGUGUCCUUAUAUUUAAGAUAUUGAAUCUAUUCGAAUCAACCAAUUGCACUCGCAUUCCUGUCACUCGUUUUCUUUGCAGCUACGUAGCAUACUUAGCAAACAUAACUAUAUAUUUCGUUUAUUGUACAGCGCCGUUCACCAGUGCUGUCACGUAUCAUGAUUCCUUGCAAUUUAUUACAAAUAACUAAUUAAACACGUAAUACAUUUUUAAUAAUUUUAAUUUUACUUUAAUCGCCAUGGAUUAUAAAGAAGAACAGCACAAUGAGAUUGAGGCUUUGGAGUCGAUUUAUUGUGGAGAGUUAGAAAUUUUAGCUACAGAACCAUUUUAUACAUUUUCCAUACCAAUUAAAACUGAAGAAUAUGAACCAGGUACGGGAAAUGGUCUUAGUUGUCGGUUGGAGUUUACAUAUACUGAAAAAUAUCCAGAUGAAUCACUUCUUAUAUCGAUAGAGGAACAUGAAAACUUUGAAGAAGGAAGUGCUGAAAAAUUGAAGGAACAUUUAAUAGAACAAAUGAACGAAAAUUUUGGAAUGGUUAUGGUAUUUACUUUAGUCAGUGCUGCUCAGGAAUGGUUGAAUGUACAGUGGGAUAAAAUUAAAUUAAAAAGAGAAGAGAGUGCAGCACAGAAACUCAGAGAAGAAGAAGAAGCAGAAAGGAAAAAGUUCGAGGGAACACGAGUUACGGUUGAAACAUUUUUAAGUUGGAAGGAAGAGUUUGAUGAAAGAAUGGGAUUCACAAAAAGAAAAGAGAUGGCUGAUAGAGAAGGAAAAAAGUUAACUGGUAGAGAAUUAUUUAUGACUGAUAAAACAUUGGAUCAAUCUGACUUGAAGUUCUUAGAUGAUGAUUCUGUAAAAGUAGAUGAGAGUCUGUUCCAAAAUCUUGAUGAUUUGGAAUUGGAAGAUGAUGAUGAUGAUGAUGAUCCUGAUUAUGAACCAAAUGUUUCUGAUGAUAGUGCCUAAAUAAAUAUGCUAUGAUUCUACACUAUUAUUUAUAAGAUGAUCCCACGACUCCUACUUAUUGAAUGUUUAAAUACAGUUCACUUUAAGUACUAGAGUUCAGAGGAUAAACUGAAGUGUUCAAAACAAAUGUACCAGUAUAAGAUGAAUUUGUUAAAAUUCAUUGGUGCGAUUUGCCCCUUGUAUAAUGGUUAGAAUAUAUUAAUAUCUCUUACACAGAUAAAUUUUAUAUAUAGAUGUGUGAAAAGCAAUGGAUAUACGUAUUUAAUAAGAAAAAUAAUUUUUAUAAUUGUGUACAUUAUUGAAUCUUUUUCAUAUAAAGUUUUGUUUAAUAAACCGAAAAUAAUCAUUUUUCUUACACUUUAUCUCCGAAAAUAUUUUUGAUUGAAAAAUCAAAGCAGAAAUAAAUACACAUUAACUAACGAUCAUAAUUUAACAUUUAUUCAUAGCCUUAGUGUAUAAUGUACACAUUCAGUAACAAAUUUUAAUGAGCACAUAGUUGUACUUGGCUAACUUAAAUUCAAUUUUCUCUCGUUCCAGUUGUAUGCACACAUAGUAUAAUCCAGUUUUGUUACAUUUGUGAUGUGGCAGUAAUAAUCAAAUCGAUGUUGUUCAUCAAAGUUUCUAUUUCACAUAACACAUAGGAACCUUCUGACAGAAUUUUUAGAUUCAUAUAUUUACUUAACUUAAAAGUGACAAUCACGAUGCAGUACAAAAAAUACAGUUUUUACAAUGUUGCUUUCCUGUCUCUUUCUUUUAAUCAUAGUGCUAGUUAAUGUAAUAUAAAACUGAAGAAAUGAUGCGACAACUUAUGCGGCCUUAUAUAGUGUACCUAGCGGGACAAAAGAUAUCUUCGUGUUAAGAAAUUUUUACAUUUUUAAUGAUUAUAACUAUCGUUUUUUAAAAAUAUAAUAAUAUAUCAUACUAAAUUCCACACAAUUGCUUAAGUUUUUGAAGAAAGAGUUGUUAAUAUAUUAAUAGAAAAUUUAACAUAAAUGACAAUGUGUCAUUGAUAUAUGCGGGACACAAUUUUUGCAAGCAAUAACUAUUCACUAAUUUCUUCUUUAAAUGUUCAAUACAAUGUAUCACAAUAUAAUAAUACUUUUUGAUUUACAUCGUUUGAUUUAAAUACAAGUAAAAAUAAAAAGAUUACAGAUAAAUAAAAUAAAUAGAGACACGGAUCUGAAAUUAGUGAACAGCCUACAUGUACAUAUAGUCAUAAAAUAUAAUUAUAAUCGUUUUAAAUUAACAUUUAAACACCCGGUCACGCAUUAAUGCGUGCUUUUGCCUGCAAAGUCCAACCAGAUGCUUAAAUAUUAAUAAUAAAUAAGUACGAAGCAUCAAUAUGUAAAGAAGCUCGAUUAAAAAAUUGAAUUUCCUGAUUGAUGAUUUAGAAUAAGAGGAUUAUGGUAGUACUCAUCUUUCAAGUCAUUCUGUUUGAAAUUUGACUUCAAUUAAUUUAAAACGAGUGUACGUCAGAGCAGUCGUCUUGUCUUUCGACUCGCCAACACGUCAUAAUGCGUAUAUGUUCGCUCGAUAACCGGCAUUUUGACUAACUAGCGGUUAAUUAUAUGUUAUGACACAUACAAACAUAUUUUAUGCAUGUACACGUUUCGUGAGAUUUUCCGAAAUUUCAAGUGUAUUGUACAGGAUGCGAAAUUCGACAAAAUACACCGUUACAAAAAUUCAGAGAAUGGGAUAUUAACAUCUAUAUAUAGCGAUCUUAAUACGCCCCCACGAAAAAUAGACACUCUUCAAUACGUAGAGAAAAAUAGGUCACAUUAUUUGACUCGUAUAGAGUUUUAUACAGCAAUUGUCCGGAAAAGUAUAUAAACACCGAAAAUGUUUCAGGAGCAAACAACACGUAAUCUGCAUCUUUUUCUUCAAAAUAUGAAAUAUAAUCUAGUGAUAUCCCAUUAUCGUUAUCGCUCGUAAAAUACUUUUUAUAUAUAACAUACUGACAUUCAGAAAGCAAAUUCGAAACUAGUUCCCCGACUGUGUCGGCAUGUGCGAUCGAUAGCUUGAAAUUUUAUAUUUUCUUUUUACCCGUAAAAUAUUAUUCGCUUAGACGCGAAUAUAUACUUGAGCAAACGUAAGAUAAAUUGGUUCGUCUAUUGAUCUAAAAAUGGAUACUAAUUGCAAGUGUGCUGUAUUUAUAUAGCACAAAUGUUGACAGUUGUUUCUCAUACAAUUUCACUGCGAUUCCUUUCCUUCUCUCCGUUUACGGAAAACUUUAGUUUCUUUACAAUUUUAGUAUUAAUAAUAAUAGUAUAUAGAUAUAUAUAUAUAUAUAUAAA